AUGGUAUUUGCAUAUAUCAUUUUAGAAAAUAAUCUAAAGCAAAGAAGAGUGAGAAACACUGUAAUAAACCUGUUUCAAAGUGCUGCAAGAGUGUACCUUCAGUCAGAAUUUGAUGACUUUAUGUCCCAAAUAGCUGUUGUUGAUAAGAAAACAUUCAACUAUUUGAUGGAGGAACCACCAGGAAGAUGGGCUCAUUCACAUUGUCCAAGACAACGAUAUGAUAUGCUAUUAACAAAUAUUGUUGAGUCAAUGAAUAAUGUUUUGAGACGUGCAAGAGAAUUGCCAUUUUUAAUAAUGAUGGAUUUCAUACAAGAAAAAUUGCAAAGCUGGUUCUAUGAAAGAAGGACAACUGCAGAAGGAAUAUUCCGUGAGUUAUCAAAUUGGGAAGAAGCAACAUUAAAAGAAAAAAUUAAACCAGCUUUUACAUUUAGAGUAUUGCCCAUUGAUCGACUCAAAUUCAAUGUCAAAGAAGGGGGUAUGGAAUUUAUUGUUGAUCUAGACAAAAGAACAUGUGAUUAUUCUGAAUUUCAGCUAGAUGGGAUACCCUGUGAACAUGCAAUUGUUGCAAUUGAAAGUAUAUAUCAAAAGAAAUCGGCCUUUUGCUCGGCUUAUUAUACAAGGGACUUUUGGUUGAAAACAUAUGAAGGGCAAGUAAAUUCGGUAGGUGAUUCAACAACAUGGGUUAUACCAGAUACUACUAAAUCAGAAAUCACUAAGCCUCCAGAUGCAAAAGUAAUGCUAGGAAGAAGACAGAAGAAUCAACAUGUUUCCGGCACAGAAUUCAAAAAGGAACCAAGAUGUGGUCGUUGCAAAAGAUAUGGGCAUAACAGAACUAAUUGCACAAAUUCUGCUAUAAUUCAUCCUUAUGCAAGAAAAUACAGGAAAAAGGAUGAUUGA